UUUGAUGAUAUCGAUCAGGACACCUGUGAAUUUAGAAAACAGAAACAGCACACUGUAGAAGACAGACGUCAAAGACAGAGGACGAAGAGAUGUCACAAAUUCUGAGUCCGCUCCUGACACCUCGUGAGAAUGGCCUUCUCUUCAGUUUACUAAGUCAUGACUGCAGUGUUUUAGCAUGUGGUAUUGUACAGCUGGUAAUGGCAGCCCCUCCGAAGAAAAGGGAGUGGAAAAGUCACAGUUUUGGAGUUUUAUGUCUGGUGCAAGAUAAAUCCAUGCAUUCAACAUUCAUGAGACUCUACUGUCUUAAGAAGGCCAAGCUGCAAUGGGAACAGGAACUGUAUACACCAUUUGAGUACUCAGAAACAUGUCCUUAUUUCCACACCUUUCCUGGUGAUGAGUGUCAGAUAGGAAUAAACUUUGCAGAUGAAGAUGAGGCCAAGCAGUUCUACACUGCUGUGCAGAAGCAGAUCAGUGACAACAAAGCAUUUCACUCAGGGCUUACACGCAGAUACAGCGUGGGGGCUGUUUCUGAUUGGAAAGACAAGCUUGACAAUUGUCUUCGAGGACAUGAAGUGCAAAAGAGGCUUUCUCUUAGAAGUGCAUCCAGAGUUCCACACCAUCCUGAUUCAGAUGAAACAUUUCCAGCGAGCAAGUCCAGCCAAAUAAAUGACUCAUCUCAGACUCUCUCCAGCGUUAAUGAAGAGUCUAUCUCGCUCGCCCAGAGGAAAGGACCUCUCCCACCUCUUCCCCUUCAUGCCAGGGCGGCCAUGCUGAAGCUGAAUCGCAGUGCUAGCAUGCAAAACUCCACCAUUCAUGUUCCACCCCCUCCAUCUUACCGCGCCCCCACAACCCCUCUAAAAUCAGCUGUUAAAGAUCGCUCCUCAGCUGGAAUGAAGAAAACUUUGCAUUAUAAUGUUGGCUUCGAGGAUGAAUCUGGCUAUGAUGAUUACCUUUAAAACCAUCACCCUCUCCAUCAUAUGAGACUUUAUGACAGCAAAAAUUAGGAUCUGGUCUUGUUAUCCCACUAUUCCCUACAAACACUUACACACUGAAUAUAUAUCUUUAUUAAUAUAUUCUCAGCAGCACAACUGUGUUUUUUUUUUUUUUUUUUUUUUUUUUAACAAUGAUGCAAUGAAGUAAUCAAAUCUAAUCAAAACAACAGUGGCAAACAGUUUCUGGACUAAAGGCAACUAUAAAGUGUCUAAAUACUUUAUACUUUAAGUUUGUCUAUUGUUUUAGAAUUUAAAACCAAAAUAAAUUCAUUUUUGUGAAACAUUUUGCUUGAAAAUUGUACUUGUGUGUUGUGUGGAACAUUAAAAAGAUAUUUUAGGAAAUGUCUCAGUGUUUUUGUCCAUUCAAUGGGCUUUAAAGUUGUUUGGUUCCCAAUAUUCUUCUAAAAUAUUUUUUUGUGCGUGUUUCACCGAAGAAAGUCAUGCAGGUUUGGAGCGACAUGAGGAGGAAUAAAUGAUGACAGACUUUUAGUUUUGUGGUUUAGUUUAUGACAUUCAUACAUUUUUAGGUGUAGCUUAACUAUCCAAAUACCUUUUGGAUACUAUUUAUCAUAGUGACUUUACUUAAUUUACAUAAGUAGUCAAUAAAGUGUUUGUUGUUAGAGCUAUUUAGACAGCAUUAGUCAAUGACAG